AUGCCUAUCCCGACCGCCGAAAUCUUGGACAAGGAGCGUCAGAACAACACGCAUGCGACAGCCUCCGCUAGCUCCUCGGCCGAAUCAAACAAUGGAAAUAACGGCCUUGGAUCUGAAUCAAGCACUGCCGAUGAUUCAUCACGACUUUCACAACUCGUCGAGGGGGAUCAGGCGCUGAGCAGAGAGGAGGCCGAUCGCCUAUACGAGGAGCGCAUGGAGGAGGAAUAUGCAAAGAGAGAAGGCGGUGCAUAG